GUUAGGCAAUUACGGUUCCACCUCAUUUACCAGCUACUGGUUCAGUGUAUAUAACAUUUUAGCCCUCACUCUGUCUCCAGCCCACAGGUAACUAUUUGAAGUUGAGUGGAGGCUUUUUGGCCAGGUUUGCCUAGGCAUACAAACACUUGGUGCUGCCCAGAGCCACUGGUCAAACACAGCUUCCCUGCAGCCUUCAGCUCCCCUUUGCUGUAUGAGUGCAAUCCUCUCUGAGUGCAACCCUCAUGCCACUGCUGGCUCAGAUGAGGCAGCUGAUUUCCCAAUAGAGGACAGUGACACCCCAGUCCCCAUGUGAUGCUUCUUCCAUCCUGGUUACUCCGUAUGGUACUGACUCAUUUCUCUUGGCCCUGUGUCAUCACACCGAGAUUUCUCUGCACUAACAGUAAGAGCAAGGAGGUGCAAAGCCUGGGCAGCACUGGAGUGGGGUCACUCCUGGACUCUCUGUACCAGCUUUGCACUCUCACAUCAGCAAUUGCCAGCGUUUGCUGACCUGAAUUGCCUUAAAAAUGACUUUUUUUUGAGUCCUGUCUCCCUGGUGCCAGCUGCCUUGGUUUCCUACUGUGGGUCACCCAGCAGCUGCCUCCAGCAUCCUCCCUGAGAGCGACGAGGCACCGGAGCAUGGAGAGCUUACGGGCAGGGCUGGGACACAUCUCUGCUGCUAGGUUGGGUGUCUGUGCCUACUGUGAAGACUUUCUGUUCCCAAGGGUGAGCAGGACGGCAGCAGAUCUAUGGUCCAUUUACUCCAAGCCCGUCCCCGCAGGCGGCAGGAAGCUGUGGGCCUUGUUCCUGCAGUGCUCCUGCCUCACCGCCGUGACUGGAGGCCUCUUCUACAACUGGCUCUUUGCCUCCCUGGAGUACUCCUGGCACCUCGCUGUGGCCAUGGCUGUCUCCUUCAGCCUGCUCCUCCUCCUGACCCUGUUCCUGGUGCACCCUGCCCGCUGUGUCUUCAGCAUGAUCAUGCCCACCUUAGGCACCAAGCAAGGUCGGAAGCUCCUCUUGUCGACCUGCAUCAUGAUCGUGGCCGUUAACGUGACCCCGAACAUCGUGAGCAACAUUAAAACCAUUCUGCAGGUCAUCAAGUGCAUCUGCAAGAAUUCCUCCGAGAGCCUGUUGAACUCGACUGCUCUGCUGGGGACGGCUUCCUGGGAGUUUGGGGAGGAGAUCCAAGCAGCUGGUAACUCCAUUAAUAUUUGGAGGCCUAUGAAUGGGCAUUUUAGGUUUUCACUGCUUCACAACAGCUCCUUGAUUAACCAGCAAAUGCACCUGGCUGGUGAGAAAGUCAGGAGGGACUUUUUGGCUGUUGAAGAACUGGUCAAAGACUCUGUACAAGUGGGCAACAAACUGGUUGCUGGCUUUUCCGUGCUGUACCUCUGCUUUGAGUCUGCGUGGUAUUUGAAAAAUUACCUCACCAACCUCCGCUUUGACAAUUUUUACAUCACCAAGAAGCUGGAGCAUUUAGCCAUGGACAGAAAAGCUGCUCACCUGCUGGGGGGCUCAUCCAAAAACCUCAUUCACCCCACGGGCCUGAAGUUGUCCCGGGAAGAAGUGCUGCUGUGCCUGGUGCAAGCCCUGCGCCUUGCCGUGGCCCUGACGCUGAUGCUGGUGGUGGUGGCGAUGGACCACGUUGCCUUCAGCGUGGCGGACACAGCGGUGAGGAAGAUGGCUCAGCUCUCCGUGGUGCCCAUCACUCUCAGCAUCAAAUACAGCGUGAGUGCCGGGACCCAUCCAGCUCGGGACAUGCAGCUAUAUCGGCUUCUCUGCCCCUCUAACCAAGCCCUGCCCAGGGCUGCGUUUCUGCUUAGUGUUCAGGAGGGAUGGAGGGAGGAGGGGUUCAAGACUGCUGCUACUGAAAAGGAAAAGUCACAGAGAAGUGUCAGCUAUGGUGGGCAAAAGUCUCCUGCACCAUGUCUGUGCAAGGGGGGAAGGCACAUCGCUUGGCUUCUCUCUGUGGGGUACCUGCUGUGUUCACAUCACGGGAGGUGCCGGUGGGGACAGCUACCUUUGGGGCCUUACACGCUGCCUUCUUCCCUCCCCAGCAGCCAGCUAGAUAAGCAACACAAAGCUUGGGUAUGUGGGGAGGUGCAAAACCAGGCACAGCCUCCAUUUCUGCUUCUAGUGCAGCACAUACCUAAAUAGCAUCACAUAUCAUCUCCCAGUCCCAGCUUUUUAGCUCAGAUUCCUGCUUAUAGUAAAACAAUCAGGGCUUAGAAACACACCCUAAUAUUCAAAUAUGCAGCUACUUGUAGCCUCUGUACUAUAUUUCACUGUGAAUCUCACAUGGAGCACCCCAUCACGGUCGCUGUGGCAGUAGGUGAAGAUGACGGGACUGGGUCUCACAGUGCCAAGGGCUGUGGUUAUUCCCGCUCAGCCUGAGACACAUAUGCCUUCAAUCCCCCAUCUCACUGCACCCAAACAAGCUGUAAGGGUGACUGCACACCUCCAGACUGAUAUUUCUCUAGUAACCAGCUGGGUUUGUUUCAUUCAUGCCCCGUCUAACCUCUUACUCUUUUUAUUCUAGGCUAAAAUCCAGCCCCUGCCCUUUUUCCUGAGUUUGUUUCAGCUUCCUGACAGGGAAUCAACCCUGCGGGACUUUGAGAAGAGUUACCACCACUACCUGACCUUCAGCUCUGCCCGCUGCAGCAUCAG